UGAAAGCUUAUUUGGCUGCGGUCAUCCGCCGUUUUACCGCGGCUAUCCUGCACAUGUCUCUUUUCCAUCUACUUUCAUGGCCGGUCAUUCGUUCAAAUUAGUAUUCGCCGUUUUGUUUCUGGUCCAGUGUUUUCUAUGGUCUCGUGGACGAUACGGGCAAUUUCAAGCUGAUUUUCAGAAUUCUGGGAGUGGAAGUAGUCUUGUCAAACGAUAUCUGGAGGAAUUUUCAGGAUUAUCGGAGGAAAGGCAGUGUCGUCCUCUUGCGUUUUCCACAGAUCAGCAAUGUGCCCAUGUAUCCGAAUUUUGUGCAGGAUCUCGUACCUUUCUUUCCUUUCAAUAUCUCCGAUACUACUUCUGCACUGAAGUUGCUCUACGUCCUUCCGUCUUUGUGGGCCUCAUUAUCUGGCUCAUAUUCCUGUUUUCUACUCUGGGAAUCAGUGCUUCAGAUUUCUUCACUCCCAAUCUCGCAACUAUUGCACAACUUCUGGGCCUUGAUGAGAACGUUGCUGGGGUGACAUUCUUGGCGUUUGGAAACGGAAGUCCUGAUGUGUUUUCGACAUUCUCAGCAAUGCGAGCCGACUCUGGUAGUCUUGCAAUCGGAGAACUCAUAGGCGCCGCUUCUUUCAUCGUAUCUUGCGUCGUUGGCUCGAUUUGUAUCAUCAAGCCUUUCCACGUCAAUCCCAGACCUUUCUUGCGCGACGUCGGAUUCUUUGCGGUAGCUGUUGGUCUUCUUCUCGUUAUUUUGAGGGAUGGUCUGAUCCACCCAUGGGAAGCGGCUAUGAUGAUUGUGUUGUAUGUGACCUACGUUGCUACAGUGAUCAUUGGUACAUGGUGGGACAAAAGAUUACAACAACGCAGGGAACAUGAGGCCAUAGUACGUGCAGAGUACCGGGAUGACGAACUUUCAGUCCCUACUAUCUUUGACGUUCCAUAUAGAGAUGAUUCUUCUCCUGAACAUGAUACCCUCCCUGUUCCUGCUAACCCAAACCGAAUGCGCGCUCAAUCAUCUCCUGGUCCGCCUCGCAUUCAAACUGAUGUUCCAAGGCGCUCACAUUCCCGAACACCUUCUCCUACUCCUGGGUCCAAUUCCCCCAUGCCUCACUUUUCCCAAAUGCCCUCCUUCUCUUUGGUUGGCGCACUCGAAUUCCGCCAAGUUGUCGCGUCAUUGAGAAACGAGGCUUCGAGUUCUUCCCUGAAUAUUUUCGAUAGCCCGGUCACUCCUUAUGCAGGUGGUCAUUAUCACUCUCGACCUAGAUCUCGCCCAAGAACACCAGUAACACACGACCAUGAUCGAGAUCCUUGGGAUGCGGCACUGGCUCUGGACGAGCGCUCUCCUCAUGUUCGUGUAAUCCCAGCUCCGAAUGAUUCCCAUCCAGGGAGUCCUGACCUCAAUGGUAGUUCUUACUUUGACGACCCUCCAACAAGCAUGUCCUCUUCUAUCCCUACGAUAUCUCACACACCUGCUUCUCCUACGGGAACAGAAAGCGACGCUGAAUAUCCUCAUCUUCCUCUUUCUAAGUGGCAGCGAUCGAAAUACACGUUCGGCGCUUGCUAUCAUACUCUUUUCCCGACCCUGCAUCGUUUCCGAAGCCAGAGCGUUCUGGGACAAAUUGCUUCAAUAUUCGCAGCACCAGCAGUCAUGCUUUUGACAUUGACACUCCCUGUUGUUGUGACACCCUACAUAUUAACUCACCAUGCACGCGAAAAACUGGACAGCAGUCAUAACUUGAUCGAUUUCGAGGAGGAAGGAAUUGAGAGAGUGUUGAUAGCCGAAGAAGAGGUCGAAGACGAAAUGCAUGGCGUGGGCUUUAACAAGUGGUUAACCUCCGUGCAAGUAUUUCUCGGACCGUUGUUCUGUAUUGCAGUUCUCUUUAGUGGACAUGCUGAACAGGGUUGGUUAUUCCUUGCCAUUGCUAUAGCAGGUGUAGGUUUGGCUACUUCUGUUAUUGUUUUCGUUGACCGAGGCGACAAUAUGGCUUUCACAAUGGCCCGCUGCUUUAUGGGAUUCUUUGUUGCCAUUGUGUGGAUUAUGGCUAUAGCAGACGAAGUUGUCCAAGUACUUCAGACGUUUGGUUUUAUCUUCGGACUAUCCGAUGCUAUCAUUGGAUUGACAAUUUUUGCAGUCGGAAAUUCACUUGCGGAUCUAGUGGCUAAUAUGAGCAUUGCUGUGUUCGCCCCAAUAAUGGGAUUCUCCGCCUGCUUCGGUGGCCCAAUGCUUAACAUCCUGCUCGGCGUCGGGAUUUCGGGAUCCUACAUCAUCUCUCAAACAUCUGAGCCAUAUAAAUUACACUUCGGUUCUACUUUGCUCGUGAGCACCGUAGGAUUGCUAAUUCUAUUAGCGAUAACCAUCAUCGUUGUGCCCUUCAACGGGUACUUCCUAACGCGGACUUGGGGCAUCUUUCUUAUCGCUUGCUAUGUUACUCUCAUGACCAUCAAUGUCGUGGUUGAACUGAGGCAUUGAUGUCUCUACUGUUUACUUGUGCAACGUCUAUUGGGACACUUCUAUCUUCUAUUGUAUGUAUGUACUCGAGGUCGUCAACAUGUUAAACUAGGCUCCAUUGGUGUGAACCACACCUUGCUAGUAGUGAUUAAUGUAUACUACACGCCGUGAGUAGGUACAGCGCAUUGAACAUUUACAGGUGCAAAUUGUCGCCCGCAAGUACAUCAAAACUAAGUGCGAGGUGGUAUAGACAAGCAAGAAAACUAAAUAUCUCCGACCAGCCUGGCUCGAACAGGCGACCCCAAGAUUCAGUUACCCUGUUACAGUCUUGUGCUCUUCCAGCUGAGCUAUGG